GCUGCAAGCUCGUCAAUGGAAGCCCUAAAAACCCCAUGUUUGCCUCCCUUCCCGUCACCCCAAAACCCUAGAACCAAAUCAUCCAAAUCCCACCGAAGUUUCGUAUUCUUUGCGUCCACGGAUCCCUGGACCCUCUCUGGUGGUAACUCCCGGAAACCCCGUCCAAAACCCUAUAAGAAGAACCCCAAGAAGCCCCUUUCCGACGAAGAUGCUCGCCGUAUCAUCAAUACCAAAGCGCAGUACCUCAGCCGCCUCCGCCGUAACCAGGGCAGCCUCGCCCAAACCCCCCCGCUGGAUCCGCCAUAAUCCUGAGCAGAUGGUACAGCUCUUGAAUGAUGAUCUCGGCGCGCAUCUCUACGGAGGUCAUGUCGUUGCGGCGAUCAAGGCUGUUCGGGGCCUCGCUGUGCGCCGUGAAGGGUCGUAUGAUAUGCGGGAAGUGAUGUCGUCGUUUGUGGCGAAGCUGAGCUUUAGGGAGAUGUGCACGGGUGUUGAAGGAGCAGCGUGGGUGGCGGCAGGCCCGGGAUUUCUUCGCCUGGAUGAAGCUCCAGCUAUGUUAUCAACCUAGUGUUGUUGUCUACACUAUUCUUCUUAGAAUUUAUGGGCAAGUUGGGAAGAUUCAGCUUGCUGAGCAGAUUUUUUUGGAGAUGCUCGAAGCUGGUUGUGAACCAGAUGAAGUUGCUUGUGGUACCAUGCUGUGUGCACAUGCUAAAUGGGGAUGGCAUAAGGACAUGCUGUUGUUUUACUCUGCUGUGCGGAGGCGAGAUAUUGCACCCCCUGUUGCAGUGUAUAAUUCUAUGCUUUCUUCUUUGCGAAAGCAAAAACUGCAUGAGAAAGUGAUCAAAGUAUGGGAGCAAAUUUUGGAAGCAAGGGUAAAAAUAAAUGGUUUCACUUUUACAGUUGCGAUCGGUUCAUAUGUCAAAGAGGAGCUUAUUAAUGAUGCUUUAGAUGCAUUUGCUAAAAUGAGAAAAUCUGGGUUUAUUCCCGAGGAGGUUACUUACAACCUUGUGAUCAAUUUGACUGCCAAACAUGGGAAAGGGGAUGAGGCAUUAAGACUUUAUGAAGAGAUGAAACUCCAAGGCAUUGUUCCAAGUAAUUAUACCUUUGCUUCAAUUCUAGCACUGCACUACAAAAAUGAUGAUUACUCCAAAGCUCUCUCACUCUUUAAGGAUAUGGAUAGGAAUAGCAUUGUGCCAGAUGAAGUUACAUAUGGCAUGCUUGUGAGAAUAUAUGGUAAACUUGGUUUGUAUGAGGAUGCACAGAAGACAUUCAGGGAUAUUGAGAAAUUAGGUCUUCUCAGUAAUGAGAAAACAUAUUGGGCGAUGGCUCAGGUGCAUUUGAAUGCCGGUAAUUAUGAUAAAGAUUUGGAUAUUUUUGAUAGUAUGAAGUCCAGAGGUUUUGAGUUCUCAGAAUUUGCGUAUCGUACUUUGCUAAGGUGUUUUAUUGCUAAAGGAGAUCUAGGUUCCUCUGAAAUUACAUUUCAAGCUCUCUCCAGGUUUGGCCCUCCUGAUGCAAGAUGCUGUAACAGUUUGCUUACUUUGUAUAAUAAGUCUGUUUCUGUUGAUAAAGCCAAGUCUUUGAUUUCUCAUAAAAGAAAAGAUAAAGUACAGUUUGAUGAGGACCUGUAUAAAACUGUUAUAGAAACAUUUCCCAGACAAGGGAUGGUAAAUGAAAUGGAGGAAAUGAUUGAAGAGAUGGAAAAUGUUGGUUGGACUUUGGAUAAGAACACCAUGAAAUCUUUAGUGGUCAUGUAUGGGGAGGCAGGGGCCCCUAAAAAAGCUGAGUAUUUGUUGAAUACUUUAGAGAAACCUGAUGCUAAUUCAUUUGGUGUAAUGCUUUGCUUGUAUUUGGAGAGUGGUAACACAUGUAAAUCCAAAGAAAUACUGAAUUCUUUGUUUAAAUCAACCACUGGUCUGUCUGUAUCCAGUCGAUUAAUCAGCAAAUUUGUUAGGGAAGGAGAUCUUGUUAAAGCAGAAUUUAUAUAUGAUUACUUACAGAAACUAGGUUUGAGACUUGAGGAUGCAGCACUUGCUUCUAUCAUUACUUUUUAUGGAAGGAAUGGGAAAAUACAUAAGGCUGAAGCAGCAUUUGCUUCUGCAUUAGUUUCUUCAAGAAUUGGAACUAAUGUUUUUAGCUCAAUGAUUGAUGCCUGUUGUAAAUGUGGCAAAGUUGAUGAAGCCAAUAACAUCUUCAGAGAAAUGGUUGAGCAAGGGCAUUCUGAUGAUGUGGUUACCAUCAGCAUUCUUGUAAAUGAUCUUACUAAGCAUGGUAAUUAUCAGGAGGCAGAAAGCAUUAUUCGGGACAGCUUCAAUCAAGGGACAGAACUUGAUACAGUUGCAUAUAGCACAUUCAUCUAGUUCAUGCUGGAUGCAGGUAAAUUGCAGUUAGCUAUUGAAACAUACAAUCGCAUGAUAUCAGCAGGCAUUCAACCCUCUAUUCAAACAUACAACACCAUGAUUAGGUAGCAUUUCUUAUCAUCUUGCUUAUAUUUGCAGAAGGUUAAAAUUCUUCUUUGACUAUUAGCCCCCGAUUGACAAGACAAGGUUUGUUGUCUAAUAAAAUAAUGUAGUGUUCAUGGCCAAGGGGGAAAGUUAGACAAGGCGGUCGAAAUGUUUAUUAAGGCACAAAAUUCUGGUAUUCCUGUAGAUGAGAAAAUGUAUACAAACAUGAUUGGUUACUAUGGCAAGGCUGCGAGUAUCCUGUUUCAUGGAAUAAUAGAAGAGAGGAAUAGCUUUUUUAAAUCUCAGUCUACAUUAUUGUUUGUCAUUUCUGAUUUCUGAACCUUCACCUGUUUAUGGUUCUUUUCCGUGCAGAUCACAUAAAAUGGUUAGUUCUGUUAUUGGGUUACUGUUUUUUUCCCUGUGUGAUAUGACAGGUAAAAUCGAAGAGGUGUCUCUAUUGUUUAAUGAAAUGGUGGGGAAUGGAAUAAGGCCUGGAAAGAUCACCUAUAACACCAUGAUCAAUUCUUAUGCUGCUUCUGGACUUCACCCUGAAGCUGAGAAUAUUUUUCAAGACAUGAAGAAGAAUAGCCAUUCUCCUGAUACCUUUACAUAUCUUGCACUAGUUAGAGCCUACACAGAAGCCCAGAAGCAUUCCAAAGCUGAGGAGGUUAUUCAUAGGAUGCAGAAUGAAAAAAUCCCCCCGACAUGCGCUCAUUUCAUUUAAAUCAUACGUAUAUAUGCAAGGGAAGGGUCUAUUGCUGAUGCCAAGAGAGUCUACACUCAAAUGAGGCAGGAAGGGUUGGAGCCUGAUUUAGCUUGUUGCGGAAUGAUGAUGAGGAUAUAUUUAAACUAUGGGCUUGUGAAAGAAGGUGUAUCUUUCUUUGAAUCAGUUGAGGGUUUUGUAAAACCUGAUGGGUUUGUCUUGAGUGUUGCUGUUCAUCUGUAUGAAUUUAUGGGGAAACAAUCUGAAGCUGUAUAUAUUCUGGAAAAAAUAAGUUCACACAGGUUUGUGUUUCUCCAAAAUUUGAGAGUUGGAUCUAAGUCGAUCAAUAGCUUCGAAAGAAUAUGACUGAUAGCGUAAGGGAAACCAAGUAUUCGACUGACAGGAUCUUUUGCUGUAUUAGUUAAAAGGAUGGAUGGCUGCAUAACAUUGCAGUAAUAAAAAACCCUGCUAGCUGAUCAAUCGGAUUGCUCGUCAGCCAUCUUUUCCUGGUUGAUCCAGAUUUCUGACAGUCAUGAAUGUCGAUGCCUGGAAGGCCUGACAAAUUGGUUGCUCAAUUGAGAUGGUGGAGUACAAAGUUUUUGGGCUAUGCACUAUGGAAUCAAGUUCCAAGUUCAAGUUCAGUUCUCCAUCUUAUAUAAUCGUUUGGAGUACUGUCAUCAUGCUGGCAAUUUAGAUUUCACUGGUAAUUGGUCUUGACUCAUGGGAACUGUGGUGCCUGCUUAUCUAAGUACAGUUCCGAUGCUGUAUAAGGAAAGAAUGAUGCAGCAUAUCAAUGCAGAUUUGCAAGAGGUGAUCACUGUAUUAAGAGAUUGAUAUUUCUGUGCAGAUUUUUCAUGUUUACGAAGGGUAAAUGAUCAAUUUUCCCACGACAUCGUAUCACAUAAAUAUAUGCCGCUAUGCUUCUUACCCAACCACAGUUUGAGUAUUGUAUCCUGGCCACCACAGGUGCUAGAGGAAAUGAAAUGCUAAUUGACGUAUUCAAUGUCUACUUUUAUUUCUAGUAUAUGACUCUACAAAUGAAAUAUUUCAACACUUUUGACCAACUUUA